AACCUUUGCGUGAUGUCAAGGAGAGUGGGGGUGGUCUGAACCGAGACUGGUUUAAACCUUUCUCCAUUUAUCACUCAUCAUUCAUCGCAUGAACUCUGACCAAGCACGUCCCCUGCAAUCCUUCACGAUGACCCAAUGUGUAACUAUCCACUGACCCUUCACUGAUCAUCCAGGAGCCACAUCACUGUGUGCGCUCCACCUCACGGCAUCAUGGGGGACGUAGUUCAAAUGCACUUCAGCACGGUGGAUUACGUGAUUUUCGUCUUGCUGCUAGUGGCCUCCGCUGGAAUCGGCCUUUACUACGCCUUGUCAGGGGGUCGCCAGAGUACCACACAGGAGUUUCUGCUGGCCGACCGCAGCAUGCGCUGCCUUCCGGUGUCUCUUUCACUACUGGCCACUUUUCAGUCAGCGGUGGCCAUCCUGGGCGCCCCAUCGGAGAUUUACACACAUGGCACGCAGUACUGGUUCCUGGGCUGCUCCUACUUCCUGGGCCUGCUCAUCCCUGCACACAUUUUCAUUCCGGUUUUCUAUCGGCUCCGCCUCAGCAGCGCCUAUGAGUAUCUGGAGCUUCGUUUUUGUAAAAGUGUUCGGAUAUGUGGCACUGCGACCUUCAUCUUUCAGAUGGUUAUCUAUAUGGGAGUCGUUCUGUAUGCUCCCGCACUUGCACUAAAUGCAGUAACAGGUUUUGACCUUUGGGGGGCAGUGCUAGCCAUGGGAUUGGUGAGCACGCUUUAUACUGCAUUGGGGGGUCUGAAAGCAGUGAUCUGGACAGACGUGUUCCAGACAAUCGUGAUGUUUGCGGGGCAGCUGGCAGUGAUCGUGGUGGGCACCCACCAGGCAGGUGGCAUCGCCGAAGUAUGGAGGAAAGCACAAAACGGCAGCCGUAUCUCAGGCCUUGACCUAAACCCUGACCCGUUAGAAAGGCACACGUUUUGGACUCUAGGAGUGGGGGGCGUUUUCCUCAUGCUGGCCCUGUAUGGAGUGAAUCAGGCGCAGGUCCAGAGAUAUCUCAGCUCCCGCUCAGAGAAAGAGGCCAUCAUGUCCUGCUAUGCGGUGUUUCCAUGCCAACAGGUUGUGCUCACAUUGGGCUGUCUAAUGGGUCUUGUUAUGUACGCUCGAUAUGGGGAGGAGAGCCCCCUGGAUAAGGGCUACGUCAAAACCAAUGACCAGAUGGUACUGUACUUUGUAAUGGAUGUGUUGAGAGAUCUUCCCGGUUUACCAGGACUAUUUGUUGCCUGCCUGUUUAGUGGAGCUCUCAGCACAAUCUCAUCUGCCUUCAACUCUCUGGCAACAGUUACCAUGGAGGACUUGAUCAAACCACAUGUCCCUGCCAUGACGGAGGCUCGUGCCACCCUGUUAUCAAAAAUGUUGGCGAUUGGCUAUGGGCUUGUGUGUCUAGCUAUGGCAUACCUCGCAUCCCUAAUGGGCUCUGUGCUGCAGGCGGCACUCAGUAUAUUUGGGAUGGUAGGAGGACCUCUUCUUGGCCUUUUCUGUCUUGGGAUGUUUUUUCCUUGGGCCAAUUCCACUGGUGCUCUGGUUGGACUGGCAUCAGGGCUGGUCAUGGCUUUCUGGAUCGGUAUCGGCAGUUUUGUUUCACGUAUGUCUCCACCUGGGAUAAAUGCCACCAUCAUGCCUGAUGUAGGAAACAUGACAACAGCUGUCAUGACGACGCUCAUCACAACUAAACCCAGGCCCUCUGGAGUUCAGGCUCUGUACUCUUUAUCAUACAUGUGGUACAGUGCUCAUAAUUCUACCACGGUUGUGGUGGUGGGACUACUGGUCAGCUUUCUCACUGGGCCAUGGAAGGAGAAGGACUUAAACCCAGGUACUAUUUACCCUGUUCUUGGCACUUUGCUGUUCUUUCUGCCAGAACGGUACAGGGAGAAACUCUGCUGUGUAACCCCACUGGAAGACAAGCCCAAAGGUCUGGACCUCCAGCCUUACCUGAUUGCCCAGAUAAAGAGCAACGGUGUUGCCUGCACUAGUGAAGAAGACAAGAUCAGGGAAGAGGAGGGAGAACAGAUAACCGCCCAGCCAACUUGUAACCUGGCCCAUAUGGUGCAGGAAACAGCCUUGUGAAAUCUCCUACACUAUGACAGACCUAAAGCACACUUAGUUUCCCACAGGCUCAAGGGGAAAAACAUCUGUUAGAAUGUCAACAGAUGCCAGCGAUGGAGGUGAGAGGUUGUCUUGUUUAUAUGUGAUACUUAAUGAUGUCAGUGGUCUGUCAUAAAAAUCGUAUUGUGUUUGAGAUCCUGUUGAACAAAUUGAGACGUGUUGAGCUGAUGUGAUCACCUAAAUCUUUUAGUUUACAUGUCCUAAAUUUAAUCUUAAGAUUACUCGUUUGAAAAUUGCUGGGUCGUGAUAUACGCGUCGCACACGCACAAAUCAAAGAGACCAUGCUGAACGGCGGGUUUAAGAUGGAGGGUUUAUUACGUACAAGAAAGACCACAGUUUGCACAAAUCUUUAGUCGUUAAAUGUCACUGCCAUUCAAGUUUCGGGGUUUCUCUCUCCCAAAGAUUUUGUUUCGUCCAAAGUUCACUACCAUUAGCCUUUCCAUUCUGUUUGCCUUUGAAAGCACUACAGAUGAGUUCACUAAACCGAGUUAAGUUUACAGCAAAUGAAGUAUGGCUGGUAUCGAAAAAUGUAAAUGUAGUGAACUUUCAACGUGUCAUCAACAGUGAAGAUGUGCCAUAUUGUGAUCAAACCAAUGAAUCUAAUGCAUGUUUAAUCUGUAGUUACCUCUUUGAAGCCCAUUGUUUGUGACAAGUGCCUCCUCAUAUGAAUGUAUGAUGUAGUUUUGUGACUGGAUUGCUUCUUUAGUUUGUCGUUUCGUAGUCUAAGCCAAAUGGAGAAUGGCCCUGACCAUGAUAAGAUGUUUUUUAAGCAUCUGGAUGCCCCUCUAUUUUAUUCCCAUGAUGCUUUGCAUUGUGAGAGCCUGGAUAACUAUACUUUAACAUCUCAAAAAAUUUAUAAUUAUGUUUGCCUAGAUUGCAUAUUAUUUUAAAAUAGAUCAAACCAUCUUGAUUCUGACCCUGAUAAGAUGGUUUUUAAGCAUCUGGAUGCCCCUCUAUUUAAUUCCCAUAAUGCUUUUCAUUGUUAGAGCAUGGCUAACUUUAGUUUAACAUCUUAAAAAAAUCUAUAUAUUGCAUAUUAUUUUGGUAUAGAUGAUUAUUUAGGAAACGGUCAUGUUUAGAAAUGUUCUUUAAAGGAACGCAUCGACUUUUUGGGACUUUAGCUUAUUCACCGUAUCCCUCAGAGUUAGAUAAGUCCAUACAUACCAUUUUUAUCUCUAUGCGUUCUGUAACUCUGUCAGACACACACACCGCUAGCCUAGCUUAGCACAAAGACUGGAAGUAAAUGGCUACAGCUAGCAUACUGCUCCCAAUAAGUGACAAAAUAACUCCAACAUUUUCCUAUUUAUGUGUUGUGAUUUGUAUAGUCACAGUGUGUAAAAAUAACAAGGUCACAUGAAACACAGCCAUCUUUUAACCGUAUACAUACUGGGAACUAUAUUCUCAGAAGGCAAAGCACUUCUACUUGGGCGGAGUGAUUUGCGCUGUGCUAAUCACUCCAUCCAAGUAGCAGUGCUUUGCUUUCUAAGAAUUUAGUUCCCAGUAUGUAUACGGUAGACUUAUCUAACUCUGAGUCUGGGGGAUACGUUACAUAAGCUAAAGUCUCAAAAAGUCGCUGUGUUCCUUUAAAGUUACAAUAGCCUAUGAUUCACGUAUUUGAUCUUAGAUUUAGUAGUAAAGAUGCUUGUUAUAGUAUCAAGAGUACUAUGAUGAAGACUAACUUCAUAGAAUUGAAACCUCAGUGCUGGUUACUGACCAUAAUUAGCAGUAUUAGCAUAUGAAUUGAUAUGGUUGCACUUGGGUACUUGUAAUUUGAUUCGUUUUUGAUGUUAUAGUGGCAUUUUCUGUGCUUUGCUGUCUAUUUCAAAUUCAAACCUCAGUCUAAGCCAUACCAUUUGUAGUUGCUAUAGGCUUCCUAGGUCCUUGUAUUGUGCCUAUACUGGAACGAGAACUUUCUCUCAACUGUCACAAUCUCACAAACAGAUAUUCUAUUAUAGUCUAUUAUAUUUUCAGGUUAUGUGCGCUCUGGCUGGGCCAACAGUUUGUGGAAGUCUUGCAGUUUUUGUUUGUUUGUUUAUUGUUGGUGUCUCAUCUUGGUCUGGUGACAGUUUUCAUCCUAUGUGGAAUCAUGAUCGUUUCAUGGUGACUUUAAAAUGAAUUUCUUAAGCAAACAUGCUGUUACACCACGCCUUGCUGUUGUUUCAACAACCUGCUUUUUUAAAAUAGCAUGCGAUGAUUAA